UUCUUUCGGAAGCGACUGUGGAGUGUAGCAGUAGCAGCAGCGUAGAAAACUGCGGGAGAUAAGCAGGAAUCGCAGGAAGAUAUCUGUGUAGGCUGACCUAUAUUUUCAGCAGUUGGGUAUUAGCUUCAGCCUGUGGUACGUGCAGUGUCUAUGGUGGUGAUUCAAAGCAUUUUUAAGUUUGAAAUAGUUUGAUACAAAUAGUGAAUAUACUCUGAGCAUACAGAUCCAAAAUGUCGGAAAAUGGUAGUGGGUCACCUUUCGAGGAAAAUUUCAAGAUCUACGCAAAGUUCGGCGACCCAAAAUCGGACGGAAAGCAGAUCAAUCUCUCCAAUAGCGAUAAAUGGAUGAAACAGGCCAAAGUGAUAGACGGCAAGAAGAUUACGACGACAGACACGGGCAUUUAUUUCAAAAAACUAAAAUCCAUGAAACUGGGGAUCGCCGACUACAACAAGUUUUUGGAAGACCUGGCCAAAAACAAGAAGCUGGAUUUGGAGGAUACCAAAAAUAAACUGGCACACUGUGGCCCUCCAGGACACCAUGGAGUUGGACCUGUAAAGUCGACAGGCGCAGUGAACCGUUUGACCGACACCUCCAAAUACACGGGGCUGCACAAACAACGUUUUGACGAAACAGGAAAAGGUAAAGGUCUCGAUGGGUCACACGAUAUUCCAGAUAUGUCAGGAUACGUGAGUGGAUACCAAAAUAAAGAUACGUACGGUAAAAAUAACUAAGGCGAACGCCUUAGCGAGUAAGUGGUGUUGGGUCGAGUGCUUGAAAAAUAUAUAAAUUAUUUUUAUUGUGCUAUUUUUGUUAACCAUAUUUAGAAUAUGUACACCCAUGAAAGCUGUUUUUUUUUGCCCGUAUAAAACUAUUAAUAUAUGAAUAUUUAGAUAUUCCCUGUAUACUUGUAUGUGUUGCCCCAAGGUAGACCAGAAUUUGCUGUAAACAUUGUAGCGGCGUAGUUACGAAUUAAUAUUAUAUUUUUUUUAAUUAACGUGUCAUAAAUGGUUGGAGAUUUACAACACCAUUUGCUUAGUUGUCUAAUCCCUUAAUAAUCGAUUUACUGUUUUCCUAGUCAGCUGAAAAAAAAAUUAUUUAUAUAAAUACAAAUAAAGUAUUUUUUCACCAAUUUUGAUAUCUAUUGUACAACAAAGAGGUUUUGUAUUGUUUGGGUCACUCAUAAUUAAAAAAAAAUUGCAAAAAAUGCAUACUUCUGUUGGGUUUGUUAGUAAUAAAGCUUUAUGCUUAUGCGUUUAGGUUUCGGGGUAAAAAUGCAUGUUUUUUUUAGUUUAAUUUUCAAUGCAUUUAAUGGAAAAAAAAUUGCUGUUAGCACGAAAGAUUUAUUUGAAAUAUGUAUCCGUUGAUCCUAUUAUUAGCUGUUAUUUUUUUAUAUACAUAUAUAAUAUAUAUAAGUAGACAUAAAUGUGACCAAUUUCACUUAUUUAUUGGGUAUGUAAUACACAAACGUAUAUAAUACGUACCGUUUUGUAUAUUUUUUUGUAAUUACUGUGAUGAAAAUAAAUGUACCUAUUUAACUUUUUA